CACUACUUAUUAAAUCCUUGCUGAAUGCUGAUUGGCGGAGGCUGACGGCGUAUCCCGCCCCCCGCGUUGGAUUGUUUAGAGUGGCCAGACCGCCAGGGACACAGAUGGCAGAGCGAACAGGAGGAGUAUCUAACGGGACAUGCUGCCAGAUUAAUCUAUUACAUUUCUGACUGCUGGUGAGGGUGUGACAGUGUGAGGCAUCACCAUGCCUCUGGUGAAGAGGAACAUCGACCCGCGCCACCUGUGCCGGGGGGCAUUGCCAGAGGGCUUAGGCAGUGAACUGGAGUGUGUGAUGAACAACACCCUCUCCUCCAUCAUCCGCCAGCUCAGCAGCCUGAGUAAACAUGCGGAGGACAUCUUCGGAGAGCUGUUCAAUGAGGCCAACAUGUUCUACCUGAGAGCCAACUCCCUGCAGGACCGCAUCGACCGCCUGGCCGUCAAGGUCACUCAGCUGGACUCCACCGUGGAGGAAGUCUCUCUGCAGGACAUCAACAUGAAGAAGGCGUUUAAGAGCAGUACCGCCCAGGACCAGCAGGUGGUAUCCACGAGGAGCGUUCCCAUCCCUGUCAAGGAGAUGUACAACCUGAGUAACAAACCUCCACCUCUCAACAUCCUCUCCAAAUAUAGGGAUGACCACAAGGAGGGGCUGAAGUUCUACACUGACCCCUCCUACUUCUUCGACCUGUGGAGAGAGAAGAUGCUGCGGGACACAGAGGACAAGAGGAAGGAGAAGAGGAAGAACAAAGAGCAGAAGCGUUGUGUGGACGGGACGUUGCAGAGGGAGGUGAAGAAGGUGCGUAAGGCUCGGAACCGUCGCCAGGAGUGGAAUAUGUUGGCCCUGGAUAAGGAGCUGAGGCCUGACCACCACCACACACACUCUCUCCACCGGGGGGCCACCUGCGAGGGAUCACUAUCCCCUGAGAUGAGGGGUCUUGGGCCUGACCACCACCAACGCCACUACCCUCACUCAACCAAUCAUGCUGGUCACGCCCACACGUACUCCGGCCCGCCUCCCAGUCUCCUGGCUGCUCAGCUGGCUGCUCAGGGAAACGCCACUCUGGACCAUGCCUACAGGGGAUACAACCUGGGUCGCCCCCACAAUGCUCCACCCCCUCUCCCUCCCAUUGAGAACAUGAAUGGAUCCAUGUCUCUACGACCUGUGGACUACAGUAUGGAGGGAUAUGGAAACGGAUCCCCUCCUCCUGCUCCUCUCAUGCCAUCUGCACAAUCUGCCUUUGCCACGCCCCCCGGAGGCCCACUUCCUCUUCCAGGUCUAAUGGGAUCAGUUGGUGUCUAUGCCCUGCCCCCACCGCCAAUCGCUGGGUCGCUGGUGGCUCCAACUCCCCCAAUGCCUCCGCCCCCUCCUCCAGGCUCCUCCUACUCUACCACUCCCAAGAUGUCCUCCGUGCCCCACAAUGCCCAGCCUGUUAAUGAUGCUCGUAGUGAUCUGCUGGCUGCCAUACGCAUGGGUAUCCAGUUGAAAAAGGGUCAGGAACAGCAGGAACAGCAGGCUAAGAGAGAGCCUGUAGGGAACGACGUGGCCACCAUCCUCUCCAGACGCAUCGCUGUCGAGUACUCCGACUCCGAAGAUGACUCAGAGCUGGAAGAGAACGACUGGUCCGACUAACACACACACACACACACACACACAUCACUCACUCAAAAGCUGAAAAGCACAUACAUGUGCACGUUCACAUCCACACAAAAAAUAAACCAGUAAAUGGUUCACUGAGUGUACUAAACAUGAAUAACACAUUCCUAAUAUCAAGUUGCACCCCCCUCCUCCUUUUGCCCUCAGAACAGCCUCAAUUCGUAGGAGCAUGGACUCUACAAGGUGCUGGAUGUCCUUUGGGUGGUGAACCAUUCUUGAUACACAUGAUAAA